AUUUUAGAAUUUGUAAAAGAUUCAUGGUCCACCUAUAGCUCGCAGUUAUCACUACAUCCUGCUACAAGACGAUUACUGUAUAACCACACUCCGAUACCUUGCCCAGGAUGGAGAAGUACCACCUAAUAACAGGUUCCACAACCUGCUUCACCAACAGGUCCUUUGAAGCCUGUAAAGAAGUAGAAGAGCCUCUGCAAAUGUUCGAUGUAGCCAUCACUGGGGUACUCUCCGUCCUCCUCUUUUGCUCCAUAGCGGGUAACUGGAUAGUAAACAACAUCUUCAGAGUGUACACCGUGGUUAAAAAGGAGGGCAGUGUGUCUCACUUGUGUCUCUCUCACAUGGCAGCCUCUGAUCUGGUGUAUAGUUGCUUUGUCACACCUCUAACCCUGGCUGUACUUAUGACGGGGAAUAGAUUUGCUAUUGAUCCUGUGAACGAUGGCAAGCUGACAAUGCCUAUCAUUCAGGUAGUAGGAUUUACCAGUGAAGUUACAAGAAGAUCCUCACUUCUUUUCCUCACAAUAGUGGCAGUAGACCAGAUGGCUUUACUGUACCUUCCAACCAUCCACAAGGCUCACUUCACCAUGGUCUCUAUCAAAACAGCAGUGGGUUCCUGCUGGGUAGCCUCCAUUGUGUUUGGUAUCAUACCCUUCAUGAGUAACAGCGAGUACAGUUUCGUGGCGGACAUGGUGUCCCCUCAGUGGGAUAUGAUCCAGAUAUUUUCCACCGUGAAGAAGAACCCUAAACCCAGAGCGGUUGUGGCUGAAGAGAACUACAAACAGAUGACAUGGACGUUCAUACUGUGUGAGGCUAUCCCCAUCCUAGUUCCUGCUAUCUUCCUGCUGCUCUCCAACAUGGUUCUCAUCCUCAGGAUGGACUACAAGAAGAGAAGGGACCCUCAGCAUAGCGAGUCUCCGGCUAAGAAAAAGUACGAUCCUUUCUCUGUUUCUACCCGGGAGUUUGCUAUGAGGAUUGCUUCAAAUCUUGGGGACAUUCCCACAAUGACGGAUACACAAAAGAAAGCAAAAGAUCGUCAUAUGAACAAUAUGAUCAGGUCUCUAGCUAACGCCUCCAUCAACUCUCUCCGCCCCAUCACCUCAGUCUACCUGCUCUGUAACUGCCUGUGGCUACUCUCAAUCGGGUACAAAUGGUCCAAUAUAGACAAGGAUGAGCCUUAUCAGAUGUUUGGUUACCGUAGUUACAUGCACGUGGUUAACCUCGUGCUUGUGCACGUGUCCAUUGCCAUGACACCCCUGCUUCAUUUCCUGAGUUCUGGACAGAUGCGGCAGGGAUUGGUUGUUAUGAUGGCAGGGUAUACCAGCGUCUCUGAUUUCAAAAAUUAUACCGGCCUUCGGAAACGCUCUAAAACCAGCUUGAAUCUCCGAUAGUUUGAAGAUGUUUAAUCAUGCUACCUGCUCAAACGAGUAUUUACAAGCAAGUCUGACUUUAACACUUAUCUUACACCUGACAAACUAAAAAGCGAAUUUCCUGAGGAUCUUAGUUGCCUCAAAAUCGUAGAAUAGCUUCGUGUAUGAAAUUGUCUACCCUUCUGGUUGAUGGUUUUGGUGAACCCUAGUAACGCUUCCCGUAAAUUAGAAUUAUAAUAGUAACUACUGUGUGUUGUGAUAUCCCUUCGCAUUACCUUUUCAAAUACAUGAUGUGAAACAGUAAAAACUUGGCAUUAGACAGGGUAGAUCUUUAAUUGCUUUAAAAUGGGUUUGAUUGACUGAAAGUCAAAACAAUGAAUGCAAUAUUUUAUCUUGACUGAAAUGUUUAAAAAGAUUAUUUCUACUCUUGUCUUGAUG